AUGUCGCCCACGCCCUCACAAAAGGCUCAAGCCGCCUCGCAAAAACGCAAACAACCGUCUCCUACAACCCAACUAGCUAAACGCGCUCGAUCACAACCUUCCACUUCCGUCAAUGCGUCAAGACCAGCCCUCAUAGGGCCUCACCAAGCCAUCAUUGCCCAGCUUCAACCAAAAUACAACGUCCUCGCCGCCUCUGUAAUAUCCUCAACACAGAUUCGGAAGCGUGUCGCGCAAGCUCUUUCGCAUCUAGGCUCCACAUCAGACCUACAGUGUGUGGUGUUGCUGUAUGCGCGAACGGCAGAAGUGUGCAAGAUGAUUACCAUUGUGGAGCAGUGCAAGAGGCUGUUGAGGGAGGAGGGAAAGACGUGCUUUCAAUAUAAUGAGAUGUUUGUAUUGCCAGAGCCAAAGCAUAAGAAAGAUUUGAUUGAGGAGACGGUUCUUGACAGGAAUCGUGAUGAAGAAAACCGGGAAGAGGACGAGGAUGAGGACGAGGACGAUUUCGAGAUGAUGGCGAGUCGGUUUGAAAGGGCGGUGAUACCGGAGCCAUCGAAGCGCGUGACCAUGUCCCUCAGGGUGUUCUUGAGUAUAAAAGAGGUAGGAGACCUGAAGGCCAGAAAGGGGGUCACUGUUCAGUCCAACGAGCCUGCAUGA